UUUCAGGAAACAAAUCCAAAGGAUCACACUACAAUGAGUUUAUAAGCGUGAGAGAGCUAAAUGUGAUAAUUAUAGCCUGUCACUGUGUGUGUGAAGGUUUGUGAGUGUGUGUAUAAGUUGGAAGUAUUUUCAACCAUGAGAAAAUUCUCACUGGACAACUCUGUUUGUCUGGAUGGAUUCGGUGUCUUUGGCGGAAGAAGAGGCAGCAGCAGGUUUAGCAGUAAGAAAUCCAACCAGUGCCAGACUCUAUAUGAUGCCCAACAAGACACCCAGGAGCUAAACCACAGCAUCAACUCCAACAUGUCCCUCAGGGAGCAUACCGUAGCAGAGGAGAACUUCAAUCGAUCAGAUGGGCUCAACAACAAGAAUAGCUUCAUGAAGCACAACAAAACCUUCCACAAACUGUUCCAAGAGAUUCCUGAGAGGGAGACCCUGACACGCACGUUCCCCUGUGCCCUGCAGAAGGAGGUGCUGUAUCAUGGAAAACUCUUUGUUUCUGAGAACUAUGUGUGUUUCUACUCGUCAGUGCUGCUCAAAGACACCAAGGUAACGCUCGGACACAUUAAGGUGGUGAUUCCUGCAUCCAGCAUCGGGGGGGUGAAGAAACAUAACUCAGGUUUAUCCAUGUUGUCUAUUCAAACUGCUGAUGGAGAAAAGUACACAUUUGUGUCUUUGAGGAACCGUCAGUUGUGUUAUAAACUCCUCCACACUCUCUGUUCACAGGCACAGGGAAAGAGCGUCAACAGCGGCCCUUAUCUCUCUUCUGCAGAGAAUGAAGCUGAUCCUGACGUGGCCUCCAGUUAUUCCAGUUUGGAGGACAGCAUAGAUCAUGAUCUGAGCAGACAGAACAGCAUUUGUCUCGACAACCGCUUUCCUCAGAUGUCCAGUGAAGCAGCUGGACGGUGGAUUUGGAGGAUCGCUGAGAGGGUCGCACCGCUCUUCCUACUCCAAGAAAUCAGAAAUCUCAGCCUUGUCUUUUACGUUUUUGUGAUGCUGAUGAUGCUGCUCCUGUUGGCGUCUGGGUUCAUCGGGCUGAGGAUCAUAGCACUGGAGGAGCAGCUGACGGAGUUGUCUUUUCAAUACAGCGAUUACCAACAAACGUAGCCAGGGGCAGAGGGCUGUGACAAACAAACCCUUCCGGGAACUUGUGCAGUGCACCACUCUAACAAGGUCCUGCUGUACAUUGAUCCCUGUCUAGACAGGCUCCCAAAAGCAUCUUAGCAGUAAAGUGCUGUGUGUCCAUUUGACACACGGUACAUCUUUCAGUGAAAGUUACAAAUAUUCUACACAAACAAGUUCGCUCACAAUACAGAUUGAUCUCUUGUGUUAGCUCCAGGUCUGCAAUAAGAUGCUUUUGGGAUGUCUGAACCAGGCCACACGUGGUGCACUACACGGAUGACUGACUGCGUUGGCAGAGAAGCACCAGGUUCUGUUAUAGGAGCAUACACAUUCUCUGCUGACGGGUCAAAUAUUGAAGUGAGGAUCUCCUGCACUGAGCCAUAUGGCGGCAGCCUGCAGGAGCCAUGUUUAUUUCCUGGCCGGUGAACAGCUGAGCUCAGCGGGCUGGGGUUGCUGAAAUCUUGGCCGUCUUUUUUUUGGAUCAACACAACCUGUAACAGUGAGAACACACACACACACACACACACACACACACACACACACUGAAGCAAACACUUGAUUGUUGCUUGGGUCUGAAAGGAUGUGUAUGUUUUGAAAUGAGGGUUCACAUUGUGUAAGAGAACUGCUGGAAUCUAGUGACAUGUUUUAAGAGCGAGACUGUUAAUAACAAUAAUCAGCCAGCAGAGGGCAGUCACUUCACUGCUACAUGAAGCACCAAGGCAGGAUUUAAACUUGCAUCUAAUACAUUUGUUAUACAACUUGUUACUACCCUUUUGUCAAAUAAAUCCUGUUAAUGUGUGUAUUAAUUUAUAGAUAUGUGUGACGUGAUACAUUUGACACAACUGAUUUUUAUUUUUAUGACCAACCAUUACGUGAAUUA